AACACCAUCAGCUGAGUCCGCCGCCGCAUGUGACGGGUGCGCUGGCGACAGGGUUGGCGCCACGGAUGCCGCAUGGUUUGCCGCCGCAUUCGCUGGGUUUGCUCAACUCGCUGCAGAUGAUGCAUCAUGCGUCGCCGCUGGAGCUGAUGGCGGCGGCGCAUCAUCAUGUGCCGCCACGUUCGUAUAACUCGCCGCCGCCGAUCUCGACCUCCGAUCCCAGCGCCAACGAGUGCAAGCUGGUCGAGUAUCGGGGCCAGAAGGUCGCCGCCUUCAUCAUCAGCAACGAGACGAUGUUGUGUCUGCCGCAGGCAUUCGAGCUAUUCCUCAAGCAUCUCGUCGGUGGCCUGCACACGGUGUACACGAAACUGAAGCGCUUGGACAUUGUGCCGCUCGUGUGCAAUGUGGAACAGGUGCGGAUAUUGCGUGGAUUGGGCGCCAUUCAGCCGGGCGUCAAUCGCUGCAAGCUGCUCAGCUGUAAGGACUUUGAUGUCCUCUACAGAGACUGCACCACGGCCAGAUGCCUAUCGAUCAAGCCGCCAGAGAGUUCCAGACCGGGUAGACCGCCCAAACGUGGCCCCGUCGGCCUCUCGUUGCCGCCCUCGCAUCUCACCCAGCAUCCGCAGCUGAAGAAGCAUCGCCUGGACAAUGGUGACUAUGCCUACGAGAAUGGCCAUAUUAGUGAUAUGAAUCGGAUGGAGAAGUCGCCGCUGUUGGCCAAUGGCUAUAAUCCACCGCCCAUUAACCAUAUGGCAUUUAUGCAGAUUAAUGCCCAUCAUCCGGGCGCGGCGGCCUUAAUGUCGCCUGGCAUGCCGCCACACGGUCUCCAUGCGCGUCCCGAGAGCCAGAUGCUGAAGGCGGCGGCGCAGAAUGCUGGCAUGUCGGCAGCCAAUAUGGAUGCACUGGCUCGGUCGGGCAUCUGGGAGAAUUGCCGUGCCGCCUAUGAGGACAUUGUGAAGCACUUGGAGCGCUUGCGCGAGGAGCGCACCGAUGAGCGGCAACAGGCCAUCUGUGCCGGCGGCAUCGAUCGAUGUGGCAGCAUUGUCAGCGAACGGGACUCGAAGCCGAGGGAUCUCAGCUCACGCAAUUGCUCCCCGACGCGCCAGAGUCCCGUGCUGAAUCUGAGCAAGUCCGGCGGCAACACGGACCACGGCGGCAGCAAUUGUGAUGCCGGCAGCGAGCGCAGCGAUUGCCUCUCGGCGGCAGCAUCGCCUCGCGGCUCGCGCAGCUUGGACGAGGGCAGUCGCAGUGUUGGCGGCGGUGUCGCCAUCAUUGGCGUCGAGGACGACGACGAGGAGGAGAAUCUGAGCGACGAGAACCAAUCCGAAGUCGAUGAACGUUGCCUCGCCAAAGACGAUGAGGAUCUGAGUGACACGGAGCGUGAUAAUCUGUCGACGGGUUCAGCGGCCGCUGCCGCCGCUGCUGCUGCCGCCGCUGCACACUUGCAUCAACAUGCGGCAGCCGCCUCCUCGCAUCAGCAUCCGGGUCCGGCGCAUCAUCUGGGCGUUGUUGUUGUCGGCCAGCACGGCUCACCCACAGCCGAGGUGGCGGCGGCCGCUGCACUGCAGCAUCAGCGCGCCCUCAACUACUCCCAGUUGGCAGCCGCCGCUGCCGUUGCCAAUGGUGCGGCCGCUGGUGCCGCUGCCGCCGUCAAUGGUCCACCACCGGCCGGCGGCGGUGCGCUGACGCCCAACGAGGCGCUCUUGGCGGCAAACGAUGGCACCGCUGCGGCAGCGCUCGCUGGCGGCCUGGCGCUGGGUCCGCUCGGCAUCGAUGGGCAUGCCGUGGUGCCCGCCAGCUCCACGGAGACGCUGCUGCGGAACAUCCAAAGUCUGCUGAAAGUCGCCGCCGACAAUGCCAGGCAACAGGAGCGUCAGAUUAGCUACGAGAAAGCCGAACUCAAGAUGGAUGUGUUGCGCGAACGGGAAGUCAAAGAUGCGCUGGAAAGGCAGCUUGUGGAUGAACGCAAAUUACGUGUGCUCUAUCAGAAACGCUUCAGACGCGAGCGAAAGAUUCGCAUCCGCUAUCAGCAGCAGCUGGGCGAAGGGGGCAGCAAAGGGGGCAACUCGAACGCGAAUGGCAACAGCGUCACCUGCACCGAUGCAGAGCUGUGUGGGGCAGGCAACGCUGCUGAUGGCAAAUGCAGCAGUGGCAGCAGCGAAGGCGCCGAGGCGCUCAAAGACAUCGACUGCGGUAGCCGUGGCGGCAGUGAUAAGUCCGAGAAGUCCUCCAGCUCCUCAUGUGAUGUGACCAGUCAAACGGUCCAGCCGGCAUCCGCCACCCGCUCGGACUCCCCCACCCACUUUAAGCGCGAGCCGCAUUCCGAUCACGAGGGCUCCAUCGAGCGUAGCAGUGCAGCAGCGCUGUCCUGCGACAAUGAGUCGCGCUGCUCCAGUCGGGAUCGCGAGGACCAACCCGCCAGUGCUGCCUCUGGUGCAGCUGCUGCGGCUGCUGCUGCUGCUGCUGAGGGCAGUUUUAGCCGCAGCCGCCUUCUGCUGCAGCUGCCGCUGCUGCUGGCACGGAAAGCUCCGUGGAGCUAUCCAGGCAUCGAUUUGAUGGCCACCGGCGCCUUCUGGCAAAACUAUUCGGAAUCCCUUGCACAGGAACUGGAAAUGGAGCGCAAGACACGGGCGGCGAAUGCAGAGCGGGAUGUGAAAAGUCCGUUAUCGGAGAGACCAACGGCAUAUUACAAGAACUCGGUACUGUUCGGAAGUGCUAAUUAGGCUCCUGAUGCGGUGUCGGCGGCGUUUCAGAAGUGGGCGUCGUGUGAGGGCGCGGCCAGACCAAAAUGCUAAAUGCAGAACUCCAACAUGAUUAGUGCAAAAACAUAUGUAAAUACGUAUUCAAAAUUAAAAACAGAAGUCAUGCAAAAGUCUCGAGCAGAGACAAAUUGCAAAUGUUGCAAAUGUUGGAAUGCCCUGUUUUGUACAUACUUUAAAAUAGCAAAAAUUAAACACUUCCGAUACCAAUACAUAAUGCAUAGACAUAACCCAGUUGUACACUUAAGAUUUAGGAUAGCCUCCAGCAUUUUGUACAUAGGCAUACAAAGACUUUUUAAAGUAGUGCUGGAUGCCACAAAUGGCUGCUAAACUAGAGUUGGCAUAGCAUUUAGCAUUUACUAACUGCGACACAUUUUAUCAUUGCUUCUAACUACAAUUCUUAAGCAUUUAAUUUAUACAAUGAAAUGAAUGAAUG